CUGUCUUCAAGCUUCCGAGGACAUGUUGAGGCAGGAAAAGAGGUUCUGUCAAACCUUUAUUUUCUAUAUGCUGGAAAAGAAUUAAAGAAUAAAGUGUGUUUUCUGUUGUGAAAUCAUGGGCCUGUUAUAGCUGUUCUACACGGUUCUUGUGUGAAAGUAAUCACAGCCAGGGGCUUUCCCAACGUGGCACAUUGUAGAACAGGAUGGAUCAAGAAAAGCGGGAUAAGUUGUCCGAGUUGGUGGAGCAGUUGACUACCUCUGGAGAACCACAGCUGAAUCAAGCAAAAAUGAAGGAAGUGAAAAAGAUUUGCAAGCUUUCUGAUGACUACAUCGAUCACUUCUAUCACCUCGUCAUGACCCAGCUAAAUCAGGACCAUGCCGAAGUUCGCUUCUCUGCCUUUCAAAUGGCUACUGAGAUUUUCAGCCGUUCUCAUCACUUCAGAGUUCUCUUGGUAACUAACCUGCAGGAGUUCAUGGAGCUAACGGUAGAGACGGACAUUGAGCAGCCAUUGCCUCCACCGAAAGAGGUGGCCAGGAAGCUGAAGUCUCAAGCCAUCCAGACUGUACAGGCCUGGCAGACCACGUAUGGGGAAGCCUACAAGAAGCUGGCUUUGGGUUAUCACUUUCUGAAGCAAGUUAAAAAGGUAGACUUUCGGGAUGUUGAAGCAAGAACACUGGCUGAGCGAAGGAGACAGGAGGAAAAACAGCAAAGACUGGAGAGAAUUUAUAAGGGAAAGCUUGAAAAGGCCAAAGAGGACAUGGAAGAAAUGGCAUCUGAGAUUGAGGAAUGUCUGACUGAGAUGAACAACUGCAUGACCCUGAUCAUGCCAGACAGUGUGAAUUUUUUUAUUGUCAAUGAUAAGACCGCUGAAGUUAGCACUGAGCAUCGCCAGGAGCCGGAUGCCUGGGAUGAACAGCCUUGCUGUAGCAAAGACCUUAACAAAGAGGCUGGAAGGAUGGCAGAAGGAAAUAAAAGUGAAGAGGAAAAAGAGGACUCUAGUGGAGAGAGUGACGUAGAGGAGGGUGUGGACGAGGAUGCAUUUAUCCGCAGCUCUGGGCUGAUGUCCCAUACCUAUCACCUGGAUCUGAACAUGUCCUCAGAUCUGAAUGUGAAAGAGACGGAGGAGAACGAAGCAGUGUUGAACAACAUGAGAGAUCUGCACAGACUCAUCAGUAGUAAAUACCUCCCUGCUGUUCAGUCCUGGAUUCAGAUGAUACACAGCUCUGACAGUACGGCACAGGACACAGCCACCUCUGCAAUGGAAGUUUGUUUGCAGAACAUACGCCAGCAGAUGAUAAGGGAUAGAGUGUUGAUCAACGAUGAUAAAACCGAGUUUAUGAUGAUUGGCACCAAGGUGCAGCUGGAGAAAGUCCGCACGACCAGCCUGAUAGUUUUUACAAAAGUUGGUGUGGAAGAGCAGCUGAUGAGGCAAGUCACCGACCUCAAAAAAUCUCUUGAUACAGCUUUGAGGAAACAUGAUGAGCUUCAUAUCGAUUACAAAGACAGGCACAGAAGAGUGUUAAAGGCUGGAGACGAUGAUGAUACUGAUGAUGAUUUUGAGGAGGUCCCGGAGAAAGAGGGUUAUGAGCCACAUAUCCCUGAGCAUCUGCGGUUCGAGUAUGGUCUUGAUUCGAAAUCUUCUCCAUCCACCUCUGUGGCUGAACUAAAGCCAUCAAAGCCAGUGGCGAGACCUGCAGCUCCAUCCGUGCCCUCAACUCUCAACCAGCUUAAGAGCAGGCAAUAUGAAGAAGAGCAGGACCCUACAUGUGCAGCUGCAACACUGCGUGUCCUAAAAGAGAAAGUGGCCAUGGCAACAUCUACAAGUGUGUCCGGAUGCUCUGCGAAACCCACCACGAGCUGCAGUAAACAGGGGGAGGAGAAGGAUAAACCUCCUGUCGUUCCUUUUGGUGUGGACCUCUACUACUGGGGAGAGGAGCAACCUACAGCUGGAAAGAUCAUCAAGUCCACCUCUCAGCACCGGUUCUGGGUGCCUCACGAGGUGGAGGAGGAGGUUGAGAACAAAGAGCUGUCUGCACAAAUGAAAUCCAGGUACAUUACCUUUGCUGGACAUUUCCAACCUGUGGAGCACAAGUGCAAAGCCCCGUUGCCCAAUGGCUCAUUGUGUGAACGCCAGGACAGAGUCAAGUGUCCAUUCCAUGGGUUAAUAAUUCCUCGGGAUGAGAUUGGGAGGCCAAUUAAUCCAGAAGAUGCAGUUCGCCUGGAAAAGGAAGAGUAUAAACGCAGAGAGGAGCAGCCAGACUGGCGAGAUCCAGAGCUCAUGAGGGAGAUUGAAGCAGCUACAGGCGAGGAUCUGGGCUCUUCUAAAAUGUAUGGCAAGGGUAAAAAGGCUGGGAAAGGAAAGGGAAAGAAAAGAAAAUAUCCCAACCUCACAGACCUGAAGCAAACUGCCAAUACUUCUCGCUCAAGGCUAGAAAAGAAGGUUUUUAAUAAGAGCUCCAUGAAACGAAUCGCGAAGGUCAUGAACAAGCUGGACAAAAGGAAGCAUGAGAAAUUUGCGAACCAGUUUAACUACGCAUUUAAAUAAGAUUUGAGAUAUUCCCGUCCUCAAAACUGUCAUCUCAGCCUGACUGAAGUGUAAAAAUAAGCUAAUGUCCAUGGUUCUGUGUCUAAAAAUGUGGAAUUAAAUACUAUUUAUCAUUUCUUUGUAUUGUGCUCGAAUAAUGUAAUGUAUGAUUGAUUUGUGUCAAACUUUUAAAUAUUUUAUUGUAAAUGUAUGCUGUUGAUAAGUGACUUCCCCGACAAAUGUAAACGUUAGCCUUAAAACCUUUUUGUUUUUUAAAAUGGUUCCGAGAGAGCCUAUUUUCUUGAAAUUGUAUUAUUCUAAUAAGCUGGAUGUUUUGCAAUACAAUUUUUUUAUUGAAAUGGAAAAAUUAUUUUUCAUCA